AUGGACGGUAAAAGGCAUCCGAGCUCGUUUCAGCAGCUUGAGAAACUCGGCGAAGGCACAUAUGCAACUGUCUUCAAAGGUCGAAACCGGCAAACGGGAGAGCUCGUUGCACUCAAAGAAAUCCACCUAGACUCAGAAGAAGGCACACCCUCGACUGCGAUUCGAGAAAUCUCACUUAUGAAGGAGCUCAAGCACGAGAACAUUGUCGCACUCCACGAUGUCAUCCAUACCGAGAACAAGUUGAUGUUGGUCUUCGAAUAUAUGGAUGGUGAUCUGAAGAAGUAUAUGGACACCCAUGGCGACAGAGGUGCCUUAAAGCCACACCAGAUCAAGUCAUUCAUGUACCAACUCCUGAGAGGCAUCGACUUUUGCCACCAGAACAGGGUUUUGCAUCGAGAUCUGAAGCCUCAGAAUCUCCUCAUUAACGGCAAGGGACAGCUCAAGCUUGGCGAUUUCGGGCUGGCCCGUGCCUUCGGCAUUCCCGUGAAUACCUUCUCCAAUGAGGUCGUCACGCUAUGGUAUCGUGCGCCCGACGUCCUCUUGGGAAGCAGGACGUACAACACAAGCAUCGAUAUCUGGUCUGCAGGAUGUAUCAUGGCGGAGAUGUACACCGGCAGGCCGUUGUUCCCCGGCACAACGAAUGAAGAUCAAAUUAUCAGAAUUUUUCGUAUCAUGGGAACACCCACCGAGCGCACUUGGACCGGUGUUACCCAAUUUCCCGAGUACAAGCCGACGUUCCAGAUGUACGCCACCCAGGAUCUUCGUCAGAUUCUUCCCCAAAUCGAUCCGACGGGUAUCGACCUUCUUCAGCGGAUGCUCCAGCUACGCCCUGAACUACGUAUCAGCGCCCAUGAAGCCCUCAAGCAUCCUUGGUUCAACGAUAUCGUCAUGCAGCAGCAUCAGCAGCAAGCUUUGCAAGCACAAGCUAGAGCCUACCCGGGACAGGGGUCUUACGAGACAUACUGA